AGACGUCCAGAACAGGCGCCGUUUCGGUCUCCUCUACUCUUCCCAAGCCUCCGCUGUGACCUGAAUCUCCGCUACCCGUGUUUUGGAGCUUACUGUCGAAUUCAUUCUUUGGACGCGCAGUGCUUCCCCCUCUCCUCCAAUCUCGAACCGCCCGUUAGGGAGGAUCUAACUGUGCCACCGGGACACCCCUAUGACUUGAUCACGAGACUGGUCCUCGUCUCCGACGUUGCUGUCGCCGCUGCCUCUGACGCCGGCUGUUAUCCCGACUGUUGA